CUUCUUCUCACUCGCUUCUGACGUGAGAGUGACCAACUCUUUUUUUUUCCUGGGGGGAGAGCAGCCAAGUCUCUCUGCGCUAAGUUUUUAACGACGAAUCGCUCCGGAACCUGAGCAAAAAUUCUCCUGCCGAAGGAUGGAUUGAACGACACCGCUCUCGGUGGGUGUAGAGCGGGUCCUCCUGUACUCUUUCCAGUAGCCAGGAACAAUGUCCGAUCGAGGAUGUGUACCAGCCGGAAGAUCAUCUGGAGUCUGCUGGUUCUCUCUGUUUUGGAGAUAGGGCUGGGUAUCUCCAGCAUCGUCUUGGGUGCGGUGGGCAUCAGUCGGGUACGGCCCGACCAGAAGACGCAGCAAGGGGACGCGUCUCCGGUGUGGAGCGGGAUGUGUUUCCUCCUCUGUGGCCUGUGUGGGAUGGUCUGUGCGAAGAAAAGAACCGGCUUGGUUAUGAUCCUCUUCUCCGCCUGCUGCAUCUGCGGGCUGAUCGGCGGCAUCCUGAACUUCCAGUUUGUGCGUGCGGUGAAGCGGCCGGGCUCGCUGCCCUCGCUGCACAUGGCGGCCAUGACCCUGACCUGCCUGGGCAUCAGCAGCUGCACUCUGAGCACCUGGCUCACCUGCCGACUGGCCAGCACCGAGCAGCAGAGGAUGUUCCUGGAGCGUGAGCACUCGCUGCACCACUCCCACGAGAUGACCGAGAAGCAGGAAACCCUAGACAACUCGAGUAACGGGAUCCCACAGAUUUCCUACAAUGGACGGAGUGGGUCACCAUGACAAUGUGGAAAACCCAUUGUUACAUCACUGAAGUCGUGCCGUGGACAUACCGGUGUUUCAACAUGGCGUUUCAACAGACCCUGGGCUGCAAAAUCAGGGAUGAGGGAAAUGUACAACUUCCACGGAGGAGAGCUAUUAGUGACCCUUUCACGAUGCUGACUUGUGGAAUGAUGUGUCAGGUUUUAGGAUGAUAGCAGGACCUUGAAAGUACCUUGCCAAUGGAUGGACCAUUGAUUGGGGAGGGUCUAGUUGCUUGGUGACCUCUUUGGCCAGGGCAGUCAAUUGGUCUCCUGUAUGAAAUCGAGCAUAAUCGAGCACAAUACAAGCAUGCAAACUGUUCACACCUCUCUCUCUCUCUUUCUCUCACUCUGUAUCCAUCAGUCUCUCUCUCUUUCUCUCUCUCUCUCUCUCUCUUUCUCUCACUCUGUAUCCAUCAGUCUCUCUCUCUCUCUCUCUCUCUUUCACUCGGUCUAUUUAUCUAUCAAGAUCUUGAGUCCCUCUCUACCUCUCCUUUCAAAGUCUCUUUACCUCCUCUUGUAUGUAAACUGAUAUUCUCCCUCAUCCUUUAAUUGUCUAUCAUUCCUGACCAUAGAUGAAGGGAAUGUUGAAUCUGAAAUAGCUACCCUGAUAUUGUACGGAACAUUGAAUGCGUUUAUCUAAAUCUUGCAGCACAUUGUACAAUGCUUGUACAUGAAGAAAAAAUCCAUUUAUGAAUUUACAAUAUUUUUA